AUUGCCAGAUGGUUUCACUCAGCUCCGAGCGUUGGCUCACCUUUCCCUCAAUGAUGUGACGUUGCAGACGUUGCCCAGUGACAUUGGAAAUCUGGCCAACUUGGUGACYCUGGAGCUCAGGGAGAACCUGUUGAAGUCUCUGCCUACGUCGCUCUCUUUCCUGGUGAAACUGGAACAGCUGGACCUUGGCAGCAAUGAACUGGAAGUUUUGCCGGACACACUUGGUGCUCUGCCCAACCUGAGGGAGCUGUGGUUAGACCGGAACCAGUUGUCUUCAUUACCACCAGAGUUGGGAAACCUGCGGCGGUUGGUUUGUCUGGAUGUCUCAGAGAACCGUCUGGAGGAGCUUCCUUCAGAGCUGAGCGGCCUCCUGGCUCUCACCGACCUGCUGCUCACUCAGAACCUGCUUGAAGUCAUUCCAGACAGUAUCGGUUUUCUGAAACAGCUGUCAAUCCUGAAGGUGGACCAGAACCGUCUGACCCACCUGACUGACUCAAUAGGAGAGUGUGAAAACCUCACAGAACUUGUUCUAACAGAAAAUCUUUUACAGUCACUUCCUCGCUCGCUGGGCAAGCUGAAGAAGUUGACGAACCUGAAUGUAGACCGAAACCGCCUGAGCAGCGUGCCCAAAGAGCUGGGGGGCUGCGCCAGCCUCAACGUCCUCUCUCUGAGAGACAACCGCCUGGGCAAGCUGCCCUGCGAGCUCGCAGAUGCAACUGAGCUGCAUGUUCUGGAUGUGGCUGGAAACAGAUUACAAAACCUGCCUUUUGCCCUGACAAACCUCAACCUGAAGGCCAUGUGGCUGGCAGAGAACCAGUCACAGCCCAUGCUGAAGUUCCAGACUGAAGAUGAUGAGCGAACAGGAGAGAAAGUGUUGACCUGCUAUUUGCUGCCUCAGCAGCCUUCACCAAGUCUGGAGAAUUUGCUGCAGAACAGCAGGGACGACAGUUGGACAGACAGCAAUCUGAACAGAGUUUCAGUCAUUCAGUUCCAGGAAGAGACCAAGGCCGAAGAGGAAGAUGAUGAUGAAGAUCGCAGAGGCCUCCAGCGCAGAGCCACACCACACCCUAGUGAGCUGAAGGUGAUGAAGAAGGUGAUAGAGGAGAGGAGGAAUGAAGCCUACUCAUCUAGACCUGACGAAGAAGAAGAGACACACGACUCACAG